UCCGUUGUUUCCAAAUCGCCGCUUCUGUUCGUCUUCUUCCUUCUCCUCCCUUCUUUCUUCGUGGGAUCUCCUUAAUCAUUCCCCCCUUUCUCUCGACCUCAAGAGGGAAAGAAGCCCCUUUCGUGCCUUUAAAAAUGCCUACAGAUCUCUUCGCCUUUUGCAUCGUUUUGAGGCUUUUGUUUCCUGUUUUUCCGUGUUGAUGGAUCCGCAGAACCAUCGAAUUGGGUCAAAUCAGGGUUUGUGAGAGGAUUCGAUGCGUUCUUUUUAGGGCUUUUUUGACUUCGGAUAUAGGUGGGUGUAGGGAAUGGCGGAUUUCCGGCAGAAGCAGGACACCGCUGACCAGGAAUUCCGACGAGGUUUGGAGGAGCUGGUGCGCGGCCACAUAGACGGAUGCAUGACCGCCGCCCUGGCUUCCUGUAGCUCCGCUGCUUCGGCUGUUGAUAACGAGGACGACCCAGCACCCGGUGGCGGCGGCGACGGAGCCGACCAGCUCGCUCGACGAAGGAGGAGGUCGGACGUCGCGGGGGACGACCUCGCGGAGACGUCUGCUGCCGCGCGCCGCCACUCGCGGAUCCUGAGCCGGUGGGUGGCACGCCAGGCUGAGGAGAUGAUUACCACCAUCGAGAGGAGGAACCGGGAGUCGGAGCUUAUGGCACUCGCGCGGCUCCACACCGUGUCUAUGCUCGACAGUUCCUUCCUACGGGAGUCGCGGCGGUCGCAGACGACCGUCGAGCGCCCUGUGGCCGCCCGGGCUUCGUCCGUUCUCCAGAGGUGGCGGGAGCUCGAGGGCGCAUCGUCCGCGGUCAGAGAGCGGCGAAGCCAACCCGCCCCGUCCCCCGCGGCCACGGCCAACAACAGUCGGAAUGGUCCGGAAAGCCGUAGCCUUGCGGAGUCAAUCGACGGCGCUAAUCUCACCAGUAAUGAGAGCGAAAACAAUGAACACCACGAAGAGGGAAACGAGCCACCGGGAUUAGCAAGCACGGCGCAAGACAGAGAGAGAGAGGUUACGGACGACAGGGAGUCGAGCAGAGAGCAAUCGCCCGAUCUUGGGGACGGUUGGGAUGGCGAGAGGGAGAGAGUAAGGCAGAUAGUUCGUGGAUGGAUGAUGGGCACCGCUGUGGCAGCGGACGCUGCCUUGCGAACCUUGCCACGAAGAGAGAGCCCUAGGAGUGACUGGCUUGGAGAAACGGAACGGGAGCGUGUGCGGCUGGCGAGGGAGAGAGUGCAGCUGGUGAGCCAGCAGAGGCAUGCCCAGGGUAGCAGAACAGGAGAGAUCGAGAGAUCUCGUUCAGCAACAGACCAUGGCAAUGCUUCAGAGCAAGCCCGGAGACACCUGCCAAGGUUACGCGGUAGACAAGCUCUGCACGAUCUGGUUAUGAGAAAUGUGCAAGAGAGGGAGAGGGAGCUUCAGGGCUUGUCAGAGCAUCGAGCAGUUUCUUGCUUUGCUUAUCGCAGUCGAAUUCAGUCCUUGCUUCGAGGAAGGUUCUUGCGAAAUUCUGGACCAACUGAGGAUGAGCGACGCUCUUCUGUUGCAGCUAGAGAAUUAGGUCAACUGAGGCAGCACCAUCCUGUAUCUGGAUUAAGGGAAGAACUUAACUCCAGACAAGAGAGUGUCAUGUCCAGUCAAGCAAACAGUCGAUCCGAUGCAUUUGACAGUCAUGAUACAAACAACCUUGAUGAAUCCCAAACAGAUACUGGAAUUUCUGAGAUAUAUGAAGCAACAACGACACCUGUAAUUGUUGAGACGGAAAACAGCACCGAAAGUGAAAAUACAGAAUGGACAGAAUUCACAAGUCAAGUAGAAAAUUGGCAGGAAAAUGCAGUUGGGGAAGAGGAUUGGCAACAGUCUACUGAAGAUAGGUUUAGUGGAUGGCAUGAUGGUAGUGAAGCUGAAUAUAGUGGGAAUUGGCAAGAAAAUAUAGACCAUGCACAGCCUCAUGAAACACCUGAAGGGGAUGCAGAAAAUAGACAUCAUCAAGUGCAUGGGUAUUGGCAAGAAGAUGAUCCUCAAGAGACGCUCCCAAUUUGGCACGAUGAAUCUUUACCUCCUCUGCAAGGCCAACAGUCCAUUUCUAUUAGAAGAGUUAAUAGAUUUAUUCUUCCUGAUGAUGAUAAUGUAUAUAGCAUGGAGCUCAGGGAACUCUUAAGCAGGAGAAGCGUCUCUAAUCUUCUUCGCAGCGGGUUUCGUGAGAGUCUAGACCAACUAAUAGAGUCUUAUGUUCGACGGCAAGAACAUAAUCCAUUUGAUUGGGAUUUACAGAGAACGGAAUCUGUAUCUGAUUCACAAGAGGUAGAUCAGGGUCAACAGAGGGAUGAUAUGAUUGAGGACCAGCAAAUUUCCAUUGACGAGACCCCGCCAAUGCUGCCAUCUCCACCGAUGCCACCGCCACAACCACUUUGGCAUUCAAAUUUGCAUCAUACUAAUUGGACUCGACGGAACAUUCAUAAUUCAGAAUGGGAUGCUAUUAAUGAUUUAAGGGCUGAUAUGGCUAGGCUUCAGGAGGGAAUGAGUCAUAUGCAACAAAUACUGGAGGCAUGCUUCGAUAUGCAGCUUGAGUUGCAGCGUGCAGUCAAACAGGAAGUUUCAGCAGCUUUAAUUCGGUGUUCCAGUGGACAAGGGGAGGAAGAAGAGUACUCGCAGGAUGUAUCGAGAUGGUGUCAUGUGAGAAAAGGGACUUGUUGCAUCUGCUGUGAUAGUCACAUCGAUUCUCUUCUUUACAGAUGUGGGCACAUGUGUACAUGUUCAAAGUGUGCAAACGAGUUGGCUCAAGCUGAAGGCAAGUGCCCGUUGUGCCGAGCACCAAUACUUGAGGUAAUUCGAGCCUACUCGGUAGCGUAAAAACUGAAACCAAAUCAGAUAGAUGCAACAGCAGCAGCUUUGUAGCGGGAGUUGGCAUGUUGAUGGAAGAACUGUACAUAGGUCUAGUCAUUUUUUUUUGCCUUCGGCACCCUGAUUAUUCAUCACUGAGAAAACUUGUCAAAGGGGUCAUUAAUUUUGAUAUUGGAAGGUUGAGUAGACUUUUAACCUUUUAUUCAUCAUUGACAUGCCAGUAGAAAAAUUUUAUGUUCAAUUAUUAGUAUGUCUUUUGAUG